GCUUCGCGGCGGGCCCGGGGACUCGCGGCCGCUGCCCGCCGGCUGCCCACGGCUGGGCCGUUUUGUUUUCGCCCUCGCGUCGCGCAGAACCGAGGCGCACUAAGAUGUCCACUCGGACCCCCUUGCCGACGGUCAAUGAACGGGACACUGAAAACCAUACUUCACAUGGAGAUGGGAGGCAAGAAGUUACCUCUCGAACCGGGCGCUCUGGAGCUAGGUGUAGAAACUCAAUAGCUUCCUGCGCAGAUGAACAACCUCACAUUGGAAACUACAGACUGUUGAAAACAAUCGGCAAGGGGAACUUUGCAAAAGUGAAAUUGGCAAGACACAUCCUUACAGGCAGAGAGGUUGCAAUAAAAAUAAUUGACAAAACUCAGUUGAAUCCAACAAGUCUACAAAAGCUCUUCAGAGAAGUAAGAAUAAUGAAGAUUUUAAAUCAUCCAAAUAUAGUGAAAUUGUUUGAAGUCAUUGAAACGGAAAAAACGCUCUACUUAAUCAUGGAAUAUGCAAGUGGAGGUGAAGUAUUUGACUAUUUGGUUGCACAUGGAAGAAUGAAGGAAAAAGAAGCAAGAGCUAAAUUUAGACAGAUUGUUUCUGCAGUACAGUAUUGCCACCAGAAACGGAUUGUUCACAGAGACCUCAAGGCUGAAAAUCUAUUGUUAGAUGCGGAUAUGAACAUCAAAAUAGCAGACUUUGGUUUUAGCAAUGAAUUUACUGUUGGCAAUAAACUAGACACGUUUUGUGGUAGUCCUCCUUAUGCAGCCCCAGAGCUCUUCCAGGGCAAGAAGUAUGACGGACCGGAAGUUGAUGUGUGGAGUCUCGGUGUCAUUCUGUAUACCCUAGUCAGCGGGUCACUUCCUUUUGACGGGCAGAACCUGAAGGAGUUGAGAGAGAGAGUAUUACGAGGAAAAUACAGAAUCCCUUUCUACAUGUCCACAGACUGUGAAAACCUUCUCAAACGCUUCCUGGUGCUGAACCCAGUGAAACGUGGCACUCUUGAGCAAAUCAUGAAGGACAGGUGGAUCAAUGCAGGUCAUGAGGAAGAUGAGCUUAAGCCAUUCAUUGAACCAGAACUAGACAUCUCAGACCAGAAAAGAAUAGAUAUUAUGGUGGGAAUGGGAUAUUCACAAGAAGAAAUUCAGGACUCUCUCAGUAAAAUGAAAUAUGAUGAAAUCACAGCUACAUAUUUAUUAUUGGGGAGAAAAUCUUCAGAGCUGGAUGCUAGUGACUCCAGUUCUAGCAGCAACCUUUCACUUGCUAAGGUGCGGCCCAGCAGUGACCUCAGCAAUAGCACUGGCCAGUCACCUCAUCACAAAGUACAGAGAAGUGUUUCUUCAAGCCAGAAGCAGAGACGUUACAGUGACCAUGCUGGACCAGCUAUUCCUUCAGUUGUGGCAUAUCCAAAGAGGAGUCAGACCAGCACCGCAGAUAGUGACCUUAAAGAAGAUGGGAUUCCCUCCAGGAAAUCCAGCGGCAAUGCUGUAGGUGGAAAGGGAAUUGCUCCUGCCAGUCCCAUGCUUGGGAAUGCUAGCAAUCCCAAUAAAGCAGAUAUUCCUGAACGCAAGAAAAGUCCUGCUGUUCCCAGUAGUAACACAGCAUCAGGUGGAAUGACACGGCGAAACACUUAUGUUUGCAGUGAGAGAACUACAGCUGAUAGACACUCAGUGAUUCAGAAUGGCAAAGAAAAUAGCCUGACAGAAGUGUUCGCUUAUGCAGCUAGCCCUGCCUCAGUCUGUGCCACAUCUACCUGUCGGCUGAGACAUCAGAAGUCGAUGUCCAUGUUAGCCUCUGGGCACCCCAAGAUGAUGUUACCUCCAAUAGACAGUGAAGGAGAUAACUUCAAGGCUAUCACUCUUCCUGAUCAGAGAACUCCAGUUGCUUCCACCCACAGUAUUAGCAGUUCGACCACCCCAGACCGAAUCCGUUUCCCAAGAGGCACUGCCACUCGUAGCACUUUCCACGGCCAGCCGCGAGAGCGGCGAACUGCAACGUAUAAUGGCCCUCCUGCCUCACCCAGCCUGUCCCAUGAAGCUACACCACUAUCCCAGACUCGAAGCCGAGGCUCCACUAAUCUUUUUAGUAAAUUAACUUCAAAACUCACAAGGAGAAACAUGUCAUUCAGGUUUAUCAAAAGACUUCCAACUGAAUAUGAGAGGAACGGGAGAUAUGAGGGCUCAAGUCGCAAUGUAUCUUCCGAGCAAAAGGAUGAAAACAAAGAAGCAAAGCCUCGCUCACUGCGCUUCACCUGGAGUAUGAAAACCACCAGCUCCAUGGACCCCAGCGACAUGAUGCGGGAGAUCCGCAAAGUGCUGGACGCCAAUAACUGUGACUACGAGCAGAGGGAGCGCUUCCUGCUUUUCUGUGUCCACGGGGAUGGGCAUGCAGAGAACCUGGUACAGUGGGAAAUGGAAGUCUGUAAGCUGCCAAGACUGUCUCUGAAUGGGGUCCGGUUUAAACGGAUAUCAGGGACAUCUAUAGCAUUCAAAAAUAUUGCUUCCAAAAUUGCCAAUGAGCUAAAGCUGUAACCCAGUAAUUAUGGUGUAAAUUAAGUAGCAAUUAAAAGUGUUUUCCUGAACACUGAUGGAAAUGUAUAGAGUAAUAUUUAGGCAAUAACGUCUGCAUCUUCUAAAUCAUGCCAUUGAAGUCUGAGGAUGAGCACACCUGGGAGUGAAGGCUGGCCUUUUCUACAAAUGCACUACAUUAAAGUUGUGUGACCCUGUG